AUGUGAGAAUAAGUGGUUCUAGCGCUUGGAAAGCAAUAGGCCAACGUUGUAUCCACUAAUAGGCCAAUUUUUGUACCACAGACCAAUGAUGCAUACCAUCGCAUCGAAGCUUUUCGGCGUAGGGUAUGUGUUCCAUCAUUAAUCUCACGCUCCCAUAUUCAUCCUAUUCGAAAACAAGCGAUUACGGCACCUAUUGAUUCCGUUCUUUUUGUUUUCAUGGGUGCUCACUUCUAACAAAAAAUACAAAAAUAAGUAACAAAACAAACACCGCUUCAAUCCUUUGUUUUUCGUAGGAUGAAAAUGGGAGCCACAUGCUUAAGAAGGGAACCAAUACCCUAAUUAAGUUAGUUCUUGAAUAUUCACGCUAAUUUACUAAUAAGACGACGUCUCUUCCGAUCACUAUCUUCUUCCGCUCACUGUUCCAAAGUCGGUAACCGUUCACUGUGUACCCCACGUGGUAGAGCUUCCUACCCUUCGGGUCCAGCUUGGACCUCAAUGAAUGAAUUAAAUGCUUUGACUGUUUUCCUACUUCCCGCAUCGACCAAUGUGGCGCUAGCUUCUAUGCGCGAAAAAUCGCUAAAAGUAAAUCGCAAAAAUAUUGUAUGGCGAAUGGCAUCUAAAGGCGUAUUUCUCGAAGGGGAUUACAUUAAUCGGAAAAAUAUUUGGUAGUGGUUGUGCACAAUGGCAACCACUAUUAUGCCUUUCAAAUAUUUUUGUAGGAAGAACUUUCUAUUUCAGGUAAUUCAAGUUUAGAUGCUUUUCGCCAUACAAAAUUAAAUGGAUUUACUCCUGAUGAUCAACUGUGGCUGCGAGUCAAGCGGGUAGUCCAUUGCUUUGGCUGUUUUCCUACUCUCCGCAUCGACCAAUGUGGCGCCAGCUUCUAUAUGCGAAAAACCGCUAAAAGUAAGUCGCAAAAAUAGUGUAUGACGAAUAGCAUCUAAAUGCAUAUUUCUCGAAGUGGAACACAACAUUUGUGCACAAUGAUGACCGGUUCGGUGCCUACCAAAUAUCUUUUCGGUAAAAGCUUUUCAUUUAGAGAAAUUCGAGUUUAGAUGCUUUUCGCCAUACAAAAUAAAAUUAUUUUACUUCUGCUGACCAACAUUGAACGCACUCCCUGCGGGUAAUCCAUUCUUUUGGUACAUGCAAAAAUGCGCACUUCCAAAAAUUUUCAAUUUCGUCACAUCCGGUUUUCGACUGGUCCAGAUCUCGAACGACGUCUUUUUCUCGUCCACCGCUGAAGUAGGGCACCGAUUGGUCAAGUAGGUAGCGGUGUAAACCGCCUCACCCCACAUUUCCGUGUCGAAUCCACUUUCAGCCAACAGCGCUCUGGCCCGCUCCAGCAGCGUAUGGUUCAUCCGUUCGGAAACGCCGUUUUGCUGCGGCGUAUAGUUAACCGUCAACUCCAUCGAACUUCCUUUCUUCCGACAAAACGUGCGCAUCUCUUCACUAACAUAUUCGCCUCAGUUAUCCGUUCGCAGCCUGGAGAUUCUAUUGUCGAAAUGCGCCGUAACAGGCGCCUCGUACUCCCGAAAACAGUCCAUCACUUCGUCCUUCGACGAUAUUAUAAAGACACGGACACCGUCUUCAGCCAGAGGCUGUACAGACUGAACGAAACUUAACACUAGACAACGGACAUACGGAGCAUGCACCAGUGGAUACGGAGAAGAAACUGUUCUCACUUUCAUCGCCCGGAUCGGGAAUCGAACCCUCACCCCACAGCAUGGUGCGAUUAGAAGCUUGGUGACCCUAACCGCACGGCUUAGAGGCUCCACUAGAUUUUAGAUAGACUAUCGCAAAAUGCGAGAAAACGCCGAUAAAAGAAACGAAAAAUCGCUUACCAUUCCAGGUGAUGGGUGUCACCGUGUCACCGGCCCACGACCUGAAGAGUGGCGCGGUGAAACAGACAACACGAGGAAACACAAAGACUAGUUCGGACGGCUUUCAGACGGCGGAGAAAAAAAACUAUGUGUGUUUACUUUCGAGGUUCAACUAGAAUAUCGACAUACAGCUGUAAUCACAAAUGUAAAAGGAAGAAAACACCUUCAGCAUCGACUCUGAGUUUGACACCCGCACAGGAUAGAUUUGCAUCGGAAGAUAUGGAAGCUGUGAGAUUAAGACUAUCUCGAAAUGACAAUCCAUUCAUACAAAAAGUUUUAGCAAGCAGAGAAAGUGUGUUGGAUUAUGCGGAUGACACGGAAUCCGAUGACGCUAUUCUUAUAUUGAUGACACAGGACCUUCAGGACCCAAACUCAGAAGCAGAUCCACUGUCUUUACCACAAGUCCACGAACACAUGGUGCGGUCUCCACCUCCGGCAUUUUGGCCUCGAUCACCACGGAGCUCUGUUUUCAACUUUAUCCACAAUGCAGAUAUUUAUCAGGAGGAUAACGGCAAUACCUCUGGAUCAAAUGAUGGGAAUCAGCUCAGUUUAAGAGAAGAGAGGGAUUUUUUCUGAAGCCCAUGGCAUAGUUCAACGUGUUACAUACACUUUUCAGGAUUUAUUAGGUCUAAUUGUUUGUUAAAAAUCCAUUUUAAAUGCUGUUAUUAUUAUCCACUUUAUUCAUUUCGUUCAAUAGAUGUUAAUAUUUCCACACCGUGUUCUUCCUACGUUUGGAAGAUCGUAAAAAAUGAGUAGUAGAAAAAUCAUAGUUAAGUAAUGAUAAUUGAGCGUCUAUAUCAAAUAAAUUUGGAUUUUUAGGUACCUAAA